AUGCCGUCUGACAAGAAACGCAAAGCCGACGAGGAACUUCCGACCUUGGACCAGUCUCGAGCCGCAUCGAAUUCCACCACAUCCCUGACCAGUGUCUUUACCGUCUACAGUUUGAUUUAUGAUCCAGGGCCCGACGCUCACAUACAAGAACUUCUCGGUGUCUAUACCGGUUGCGAACUUGCAAAUGCAGCAGCUCACAAAUACUAUAACAAAAGAAGGGGAAAAGUGUCCAUCCCUGACGAACUUGAGCCAGAGCAUGAGGAUCUGGAUGAUGGAGGGUAUCGUUGGUUAGAGGAAUAUGAAGAAGAGAAUGAGGACGUGAAGAAUGCGCGUUCAGUCGUUCGCUUACGCCAUGAUGGCGGGCUGCGAUUUGGCGGGCGCUAUGAAGACGAGUAUAUCAAUGUUGUCUGGGUCGAAAGGCGUGAGCUCAAUCCAUCCACAUUGCCAGAAGCGAGAUAA